CAGGUUGUUCCAAGAUCUUUGAAGACCCAAGAAAAGCAGUGUUGACUGAAAGCAAGACCAAUGACUCAGAGAGAAAAAAGAUGGUGGGGCCAAGGGCAAUUAAAGCUGUCUCUGGUUCUGAGCGGACGGUGACUGAGCUGAUCUGCUGAAGGACAUGGUUCAGACUGUCCCAGACCCAGCAGCUCAUAUCAAGGAAGCAUUAUCGGUUGUGAGCGAGGACCAGUCUUUGUUUGAGUGUGCCUACGGGACACCACACCUGGCUAAGACGGACAUGACCGCAUCCUCCUCCGGCGACUAUGGACAGACAUCCAAGAUGAGCCCACGUGUCCCUCAGCAAGACUGGCUGUCUCAACCCCCAGCCAGGGUCACCAUCAAGAUGGAAUGUAACCCUAACCAGGUGAACGGCUCAAGGAACUCCCCGGAUGAAUGCAGCAUGGCAAAAGGCGGGAAGAUGGUGGGCAGCCCAGACACUGUGGGCAUGAAUUAUGGCAGCUACAUGGAGGAGAAGCACAUGCCGCCCCCAAACAUGACUACGAAUGAGCGCAGAGUCAUCGUCCCAGCAGACCCUACGCUGUGGAGUACGGACCAUGUCCGGCAGUGGCUGGAGUGGGCAGUGAAAGAAUACGGCCUCCCAGACGUCGAUAUCUUGCUGUUCCAGAACAUUGACGGGAAGGAACUGUGCAAGAUGACCAAGGACGACUUCCAGAGGCUCACCCCAAGCUACAACGCUGACAUCCUUCUCUCGCACCUGCACUACCUCAGAGAGACUCCUCUUCCACAUUUGACUUCAGAUGAUGUUGAUAAAGCCUUACAAAACUCUCCACGGUUAAUGCAUGCUAGAAACACAGGGGGUGCAGCUUUUAUAUUCCCAAAUACUUCAGUAUAUCCUGAAGCCACGCAAAGAAUUACAACUAGGCCAGAUUUACCUUAUGACCCACCCAGGAGAUCAGCCUGGACUAGUCACGGCCACCCCACCCCCCAGUCGAAAGCUGCUCAGCCGUCUCCUUCCACAGUGCCCAAAACUGAAGACCAGCGUCCUCAGCUAGAUCCUUAUCAGAUUCUUGGACCAACAAGUAGCCGCCUUGCAAACCCAGGGAGUGGACAGAUCCAGCUUUGGCAGUUUCUCCUGGAGCUCCUGUCAGACAGCUCAAACUCCAACUGCAUCACCUGGGAAGGCACCAAUGGGGAAUUCAAGAUGACCGAUCCUGAUGAGGUUGCCCGGCGCUGGGGAGAACGGAAAAGCAAACCCAAUAUGAACUACGAUAAACUCAGCCGUGCCCUCCGCUACUACUAUGACAAAAAUAUCAUGACCAAAGUCCACGGGAAGCGCUACGCCUACAAGUUUGACUUCCAUGGGAUCGCCCAGGCCCUACAGCCCCACCCUCCAGAAUCAUCUCUGUACAAGUACCCCUCGGACCUCCCUUACAUGGGCUCCUAUCACGCCCACCCUCAGAAGAUGAACUUUGUGGCCCCCCACCCUCCGGCCCUCCCUGUGACAUCGUCCAGUUUCUUCGCCACCCCAAACCCUUACUGGAAUUCGCCAACUGGAGGUAUAUACCCCAACACGAGGCUUCCGGCCGGCCAUAUGCCCUCACAUCUGGGCACUUACUACUAGAGCUGGGAGGGAGGCCUUUCCCAACAGCAAAUGAUCACCAAGAAAUUGCCACAAACUCUAUUGAAGAACGUGAAUCAAAAGUGCCUCAAGAGGAGUGAAGUAGCUUGAGUGGCGCUGGGGAAGGAAGCCAGGGAAGAGAUCCAAAGACUCUUGGUAGGAGGGAAUUACUAGGGUAUUUUUACAGGAAGAAAGAGGAUGCUACAAAUGUAAUGUAUACAGACAUAUCAUGUGUGGACCAAACCUGUAAAAGACAUUGUAAGUAGAAGUAUGACGUCACAAGGACAAAGUGCCAAAGAAAGUGUUCUUGAGAAGUGUACAAACUUCCGAGGAGAGUUUGGGGUCCUGCUGGUGCCAAGGGGGGAUGAGAGUAAAGGGACAGUGGUAACGCAGUCUUGACCUAACACACCAAUGGAAUGUCGUUGUAAGGAAAACUACCUGUAUUUAAAAAUAGAAACAUAUCAAAAAUUAAAAAGAGAAAGAAAAGAGACUGCGGCCCAUGAACCAACGACCACAUAGAGCUCAGCGACACGUGCUGUUUUGGUGGGAAAUCAGAUUCUUUCCAUUGGGUGGAGAGCCACCAGCUCUCGCUAACCCCUGAAGACAACCCAAGGCUGCCAGCUUUAUCCCGGACAGUAUUGUGGGGACUGUGAGCCCGGUGGGGCAGCGGGGCUGAGAACGUGUGUGUGGACAGUGAGUGUGCGGGUGUAGAUGGAGGGCUGGAGGAGGUGGAAGAGGAGGGAGCGGAGGAGGACGAGGCCAUGGGGCUGGGAGAGACACUUGUCGAGCAGAGAGACUGGACUUAGGACAGUACAGAGACUUGGAGAAGAGAAUGGAGGAGACUUGUGGGUUAAUCGGUCAGUGUUCUACCAAACGCAGUAUUACGAGUCCCGCGCAGCGGAGGAAGGGGGAAGCCAUAGGAUUCCCGAAACAAAAAUAUGCAUCUCUCUUUUUUUUUUGUUUGUUUGUUUGUUUGUCAGAAGAAAAUUUUAACUGGAAUUGUCUGAUAUUUAAAAGAAACAUUCGGGACCUCAUCGCAAGGUAGGGGUUCCGGUCCCCACAGGGUCAGGUAAGAGGUGGCCUCCUUGGAUGUUGCCAUCUGAAACCACCGAGGCAUUUGGGUUAGGCAGAGGCUCCGGUUUCCCUGUCGAGUCGCGAACGCUGUGCGUUUGUCAGAAUGAAGUAUACAAGUCAAUGUUUUGUUUUGUUUUUCCUUUUUAUAUAAUAAUUAUAUAACUUAUGCAUUUAUACACUACGAGUUGAUCUCGGCCAGCCAAAGAUACACGACAAAAGAGACAAUCAACGAUAGAAUGUGGCCUUGACUUUUAACUCUGUAUGCUUAAUGUUUACAAUAUGAAGUUAUUAGUUCUUAGGAUGCAGAAUGUAUGUAAUAAAACAAGCUUGGCCUAGCAUGGCAAAUCAGAUUUA